ACUAUUUUGCUUGGCAUGGUCAUCUAUCUUUCCAUGCAGAAAUAUCAGUACUUGAAUCCAACAGUAACCAUAGAUUUGAAUUCUUCGAACGAUUUUUCUCUUCCUCAAAACACUCCCUCAACAUCAACUAAAAAUGAACAGGAUCAAUUGUCAGAGACUAUAAAUCGGCAGAAUCAAGUGUCAAAAACUACAGAUCAGCGGGAACAAGCCUCAGCAACUACAAAUCAUCUAGAUCAAGUGUCUGAAACAGAUUCAGCUAUCGAAGCAAAGAAGAAACUUUCAACACGCAGACCUAAGCAACUGAAAGAUUUGUCCACGCAUCUUUGUCGUUCAUUGAUAAGACAAUUACCUGAUCUGUCUCACAGUCUACAACAAUACGUUAACGAAGGGCAAGUUUUGUUAGUAGCAUCAAAAUUUUAUAACUUUUAUGCCGAAGUUUUAAGAGAUUGGACAAAUGAUAAUGCAAAUCAUGCCGAUUACGAUAUAAUGGCAGAAGCCGUAUGUAAACGUCAUCCAGAACUUUUGGUUGAACAACAGGACCCCUCUUGGCGCUCUUGUCGCAGAUUUUUGAGCGAAUAUUCAAGAAAUCAACGCCAAGCGGAGAAAAAAGCAAAAAGGAAAUCUAAGACUUCGAUGGAUGAUGAUCUACUCCCUAAAAAUAAAAACAGAAAUGAACAAAACGAAAGAGACAUUAAGAUUCUUUACGAAGAACUCAGUUCAGCAUUACGCACAGGUCCACCAACUCAUGUGUUACAUCUGAUUAAAGAAACGUAUUCUCACAGAAGAAAAUGGAUUAUCGAAAUUCAAGAUCCGCAAGACCAUGAUUCAAAAAUUCCUUCAGACGAUUUGCCAAAGGUAUCCACAAUUACAGAGCAAUUCCCUCAUUUGAAACAACCGAAAUUGAUUCUGUAUGAACUCUCUUUAAUUCAUCAGGCACUAAAUUACGAAAGUGCAAUGGAAAAUCUCUUUACGGAUUUAUCGAAGUUUUUUAAGAUGCCAUGCGAUAAUGAUUCACAAAAAUGUGAUAUCCUCUUGGAACUCAACAAUCGUCUUAAACCUCCUCGCUUAGGAAAAAAAGCCAGUAAUUUAUUUACUGUCUUAGAGGCUAUGACACCUUUAAAUAAUGAGCUGGCAACUGUUGAAUUUGAACCACCAAGAUUGGUUUUAUUCAUUAAUGAAGAUGCACUUGCCUCCACUUAUAUUGUUGCUGAUGGCUGUAUUGAGAUUCAAGUGGAAGAGUCAACUUUAGUAAAAAGUCUAUUAUGCCUCUUAGGAUUAUAUCACACUUGUUACAUUGGAUACGGAUCAGCGUACAAAAACGUUUUAAGUUUAUUUGACGAAUUAGUUUUUCAAAUGAAAAACUUAAAACCAUCUGGAUGCUAUUCCAACUUUCUUCGUUCUUGGAGUAACAAUAAGAAAAUUCAAGAUGAAUAA